CUUCUUUCAUCCUUGCACGGUGAAGAACAAAGACUCUGCUUCCCUUUCCAGAUACCAAGAACUCUCAUCAAAACUAGAGUACAAUUUUCCAUUGAAGUAGCAAGAGUAGAUCUAUGGAGGCUCGAGCGGGAAUCAGGGAGGUUCACUUCCAUUGACUUACAUCGACAGCAGAAGGCAGUAGUCAAGGUGGUGCUAGAGAAAACGAAGGAAAGCCUAGGUAGACAGUGGAAAGAAGUGUCUAAAGGAAACUUGAACCCAGAUGUCUGCAUAGAGACGUGUCUUUAUUCGGUGGAGCAUGGAAUUCUUCUCAUUGUAGAUCGCUGCUUGACAUUGUUUGACAAUCCACUGGUCGACUCUCUUCACACAACUUACAAUGAGCUCAAGCUUAAAAAUGGGUGUGUUCGGCAUUCUAAAUCAAUGUCACAAAGGAGACAAGCGGUAAGAACCACCAAACCCCAUUGACGAAGAUGGUCUCCUGGAAGAUUUGGCACGUAAGAGACGUAGAGAACAUACUUGUUGGAGCAUCAAAUGAUUUCCUCCAAAGAAAUUGAUUAGAUUGGGAAGACUAGUGUCUCGCGGCUGAAUAGGUAAGCAUGCUUGGAGCAUAACGGCUAGCGGCAAUGUCCAACUGCCAUUAGGAACAACCUGAAAAUCUACAUCGACCUCUUUGAUAGCGUGAUAUAGUCAUGUGUGCAUGCAUACAUUCAUAUGUGCAUACAUUCAUACAUCCAUACAUUCAUGCAUACAUUCAUACAUUCAUACAUUCAUACAUUCAUACAUCCAUACAUGCAUGCAUACAUUCAUACAUGCAUACAUUCAUACAUUCAUACAUCCAUACAUGCAUACAUUCAUA